AUGCACGUCAUUGAUGGAGUGGAUGUAGAACGCCAGAGAGAGAGAGAGAGAGAGAGAGAGAGAGAGAGAGAGAGAGAGAGAGAGAGAGAGAGAGAGAGAGAGAGAGAGAGAGAGAGAUGGUGCGGGCAGCACCAUCGCGACGAAUCUCCAUUCCAAGAUGAAAGAGCUCGCCGGAAUCCUUGCAUAGAAGACGCGCCUGCAGGGCCUUCUUGA